UUUUUCAUUCUUUGAUGAACUCAUUCACUGUUUUACAAACAGACUGUUUGAGCAUCAUACUUUUUAAACUCCCCAGUAUGUUUGAGGAGCUACGAGGGAACAGAGGGGUGCCUGUUCCAUAGCACCUUGCUCCUAUUACUUGAAAUUUGUUCUCAAGUUUCUCUGAGACUAUUCGUUAUAAUUAAAGAACGAUACUUUUAUGUUCUUCGAUUUGUUUUCGUUGAUGAUUUCAAAUAGGGUCUCCUGCUGUGCAGCCUUGGCUGGUUCACUACCUAGCCCAGGCUGGUUUUGAACUUAGACAGGUCUGCCUACCUCUGCUUCUCCAGUGCUGCGAUUAAGACCUGAGCCACCACACCCAGUCUGAGUCAAGAUUUGCAGGAUGAGUGGUUCUUUUUGUAUUAGUUUUGUAUUAGUUUUUCAGGUUAGUCCUUCCUUUUAUACAGUGUGGGUUUUCUUCCUGUACUCUUUUUGUGUGUCUUCACAGAAGUUUCUAUGCAUGAGGAUAUGCUGGGUUUUUUUCCUGCCGUCUAUCUGGUUCUCUAAACUGAUCCCCAACUGUGGAUGUUUAAGUAAGCAAGCAAGGGGGACAUUUACAGGCAUCUUCCUGUCUGAUUCACUGUGCAGCAGGAGGCCAGUCAGUUGGAGAAACUCAAUUCCUGAGUGAGGGCAUUUAUUGUGGAAUACUGGAACCUUAGUGUGUCUGAAUCUUUGCUUUCUGUUUUUCCUUCCCCUCCUUGUUGGCUGUGGAGGCCUGAGUUAUCCUGAGUUCAGCUGAGCUGCCCUUAAGCUCUCCCAGGGCCCUUACUCCUGGUACCCCUUAAGCGAAUGUGCAGGCUUCUUCAGCGAUCAACCCUGCCUUUAACCAAGCCCCAUUGCUCUUUGUAGUUGCCGACCAGUAUCUGCACUACUGGGAACUGGGCCGUGUCAGUUCUCUGCCUCAUGCUAGACUCAAGGAAACGGAGCGUAGAGCUCAGUCAGUAGUCUGCGUUCUUACAAGGCCAAGAGCAAAUGGAGCAGUCUGGGACUUCCACUUAGGAAGGGCGGCUAACAGCCGGCCUCCCAUGGGUUCUGUGGCAGUUAGUGAGGGGUCGGAAUUCUCAUUGCUUGGCUCACAUGUUGGCUGGUGCUCCUGAUCCCUCUGAGCCCUUCUUAGGAAGAGUCACAGUGAUUUUGUCCUGGAAUUAACUACUUUGCUAAGGAAAAUGAGGAAUUGUAUUCAGAAGCCAAACUCUGGACUCAGUGUUUUAUGGACUCGUUUGCUCACAGAUCGUCUGAAUGGACAGAGUAUGUUCAUAUUUCUACAAAUAGAGACGGACUCUAUUACUCGCCUACCAGAAAAGGUGCUCUAGUUUUCUUCUUCCAUAUUUGUAACUCUCCUUUUCAACAGGGCAAAACCCAGCUCCCUCUUCCUUAGUAUGAUCACCCAUUGAAACAAUGUGCUGUCUGUAACCAAUACUCUCUCUACUAGGUGUUACUCUUCUAAAGCCAGGUGUGCCUUCAGAGAACACCGUGCCCCAGGCUGCUUUCUGGCUUUAACGUGAUAGUUUUGGCUGCCUUUCAUUCACUGGUUGUGCAGUCCUCACGCAACCGCUUUAAGACACAUUAAAUAAUGUCCUUUUACGUUUUUUCUUUCCCUCCUUUCUUCUUCUGCCUGAGGUAAUUCAAGGAGGCAUUAUUAGCUAUAAUUUUUAAUAGCUCUUUCAGGAAUUGGUCAACCCAUGAUACAUAUGCUAAAAUUACAUAUACUUCAAAUUCAUUGGGUUUGUGUCGACCAUGAUUUUCAGGCCUUUCUUUUCCUGUGAUGUAUGUGAGAAACAGUGGUGUAGUACAGAAAGGAUUGGACAUAGAAUGAAGAACCAAGUUUAGUCCCAAUUCUGAGACUGUGGUAAUUUACUAGGUUUCCUCUACUUAAAAAAUAAAGGCUAGACUAAAGCAGAGGUUCACUGCCUGCGGACAGUGAACUGACUCACCUACUCAUGUUCCCAAACAAAAGUUAUCUAGGGAGUUUUUGCUUUCUCUGGAUAUAAGUGCUCACAAAAAUUCAGCUUCCAAGUUGAAUUGAUAAUCCUUAACAUUCUACUCAUUAUUCUCUAUUCGAAAUUUGUUGGGUACUUUUAUUCUUCAGUUUAUCACCUCACAUCUGAUUCAGCCUCAUCUUUGACUAAAAAACAGAGAUGGCCUGUGGUACACACACACACACACACACACACACACACACACACACACAAACUCCUAAAGGACCCUUUCUUUUUCUUUUCUUUUUUUCUUUCUUUCUUUUUUUCUUUCUUCCUUUCUUCCUUUCUUUCUUUCUUUUUUUUUUUUUUUUUUUUUGUGGCAUCUCCCUUCCCGGGGAAAAGACGUUUCAAAUUUUCUCCCUACUUUCCCAAUUAGCAGAGCAGAGCAAUCACAGCCAAGUUAUGUUAUUUAUAAAAACACCGGUUCUUCAUUCCUCUCACCAACUCCAUCUCAAGACUGGUUCCCCCUUGGCGACAGAUAUUAACGGAAUUCCUCCUGGAGACAACGUUCUUCCCCCUAGCAGUGGCUCCAAUCAACACACAGAUUACCAAGUUGCUCUCUGGGAAUUUGGGCGCGACGCUUUUGGAAGUUUGAGUGCGUUUCACAAGGCGUUCCUCCACCUCGGGAGGCACAACUGCCUGACGUGUCACCCCGGUUGGGGCCCACGCAGGACGGGGGUGGCAUCCUCAGUGGGCGGCUGCUAACUGACGUGAGUCGAGGCGACCCUGGAGGGCUGAAACCUCCUAGCUUCUCUGCUUCAGAACACAGCCACAGCGUCCACCUUUCACACGGCAGGAGCUUCCCCGCAGCCUGGGCUUUUCACUCAGGAACAGGGAAACCCGCUCCACGCACGCUCCCGCCGUGCUCCUCCGUCCGGAGUCGCGCGCCCGUCGCCGCCACUGCGGCGCGUGCCCUCGCGGCGUCUCCGCCCCCUCCCACGGCCGCCAGCCCUUCUGCGGGUCGCUGCGCAGGUCGACGCGGAAGGUGCAGGGAGCGCGCGCCGAGGCUGAGAACGUGCGCGAGAGGCACGGCCCCGCGGAGCGCCGGAAGCAGCCGACAGGCCUCGCGCAUCGCGCGCGCCGCCCCCGCCCCUGAGCCGCGACCUUGCUCGCGCGCGCGCACUAAGGCGCCGCCGCCGCUGCCGCCGCCGCCGCCGCCGCCGCCGCCGGGGCUGCUGCUCCGGCUGCUGCAGGAGGCGGCGCUGGCUGGCGGCUGCGCUCGCUCCAGUCGGCAAGCGGAGGAGCGAGCGUGUGUGUGUUUUUUAAAGAUGGCCGGAGCGGCGGCGGCGGUGGCCGCGGGAGCAGCAGCUGGAGCCGCCGCGGCAGCGGUGUCGGUGUCGGCUCCAGGUCGGGCCUCGGCGCCCCCUCCGCCUCCGCCUGUGUACUGUGUAUGCCGGCAGCCGUACGACGUGAACCGCUUCAUGAUCGAGUGCGAUGUCUGCAAGGACUGGUUCCACGGCAGCUGUGUUGGUGUAGAAGAACAUCAUGCUGUUGAUAUUGACUUGUAUCACUGCCCCAACUGUGCAGUUCUACAUGGUUCUUCCUUAAUGAAGAAGAGGAGGAACUGGCACAGGCAUGACUACACAGAAGCGGAUGAUGGCUCCAAACCUGUGCAAGCUGGAACUAGGGCCUUCGUUAAAGAACUACGUUCUCGAGUCUUCCCAAGUGCCGAUGAAGUCAUUGUAAAGAUGCAUGGCAGUCAGCUGACACAAAGAUAUCUGGAAAAACAUGGAUUUGAUGUCCCUAUUAUGGUCCCUAAAUUAGAUGACCUUGGACUCAGACUCCCUUCACCUGCUUUUUCAGUGAUGGAUGUGGAACGUUAUGUAGGUGGUGACAAAGUGAUAGACGUUAUUGAUGUGGCAAGGCAGGCAGACAGCAAAAUGACACUCCACAAUUACGUUAAAUACUUCAUGAAUCCUAACAGACCAAAAGUGUUAAAUGUGAUCAGCCUUGAAUUUUCAGAUACAAAGAUGUCUGAAUUGGUGGAGGUUCCUGAUAUAGCCAGAAAACUUUCGUGGGUGGAAAAUUACUGGCCAGAUGAUUCAGUCUUCCCCAAGCCCUUUGUCCAGAAGUACUGCUUAAUGGGAGUUCAGGAUAGCUACACAGAUUUCCACAUUGACUUUGGUGGGACUUCAGUCUGGUACCAUGUCCUUUGGGGUGAGAAGAUUUUUUAUUUGAUAAAGCCAACAAAUGAAAAUUUGGCACUCUAUGAAUCUUGGAGUUCAUCUGUGACCCAGAGUGAGGUGUUCUUUGGAGAUAAAGUAGAUAAAUGCUACAAAUGUGUGGUAAAGCAGGGACAUACUUUAUUUGUUCCUACAGGGUGGAUUCAUGCUGUGCUCACUUCUCAGGACUGUAUGGCUUUUGGAGGUAACUUUCUGCACAACCUCAACAUUGGCAUGCAGCUCAGGUGUUACGAGAUGGAAAAAAGACUAAAAACACCAGAUCUUUUCAAAUUUCCUUUCUUUGAAGCCAUAUGCUGGUUUGUUGCCAAAAGUUUGCUGGAAACCCUGAAAGAAUUGAAAGAAGAUGGUUUCCAGCCUCAAACUUACUUAGUCCAGGGAGUGAAAGCGCUGCACACUGCUUUAAAGUUAUGGAUGAAAAAGGAACUUGUAUCUGAACAUGCCUUUGAAAUUCCAGACAAUGUUAGACCUGGACAUCUUAUUAAGGAACUUUCUAAAGUAAUUCGAGCAAUAGAGGAGGAAAACGGCAAACCAGUUAAAUCUCAGGGAAUCCCUUCUGUGUGUCCAGUUUCACGGCCUUCAAAUGACGCAUCUCCACCUGGUCAUUCCCGGAGAAAGAUGAGGAGACUUCGAGAUCAUAAUGUCCGAACUCCUUCUAACCUGGACAUCCUUGAGCUUCAUACAAGGGAAGUCCUCAAAAGAUUAGAGAUGUGUCCAUGGGAGGAGGACAUAUUGAGCUCUAAACUGAAUGGAAAAUUCAACAAACAUCUUCAGCCAUCUUCCACGGUACCUGAAUGGAGAGCAAAAGACAAUGAUCUGCGAUUACUGCUGACAAAUGGAAGAAUAAUUAAAGAUGAGAGACAGCUGUUUGCAGAUCGGAGUCUUUAUACAGCAGAUAGUGAAAAUGAAGAAGACAAGAAACCAACAAAGAAGGCAAACGUGAAGACAGAACAGAGCUCAGGAAGAGAGGCAGCAGAAAGUGACGGAUCUCCAAAACCACUUAACAGAAUAUUUCCAAGUGUGAAGUCGGAACUCAGGAGUAGACCAUCAGAAUAUUCUGAUGUCUCUGAUUCAGAAGACUCUGGACCUGACUGCACUGCACUGAAAAUUAAUUUUGCCACUGAAGAGUCUGAAAGUUCAGGUGAUGAAAAGAAACAUGAAAUAACAUCAAACUUUAAAGAGGAGUCGGAUGUAGUGAGGAACCUCCUUCAGAAGAGCCAGAAGCCAUCUAGAAAUGAAAUUCCAGUUAAAAGGGAAUGUCCUACCUCGACGAGCACAGAGGAAGAAGCUAUUCAGGGCAUGCUGUCCAUGGCAGGGUUGCACUAUUCCACGUGUUUACAAAGCACAGACUGCAGUGGUGAGAAGAACUCUCUCCAGGAUCCCAGCAGCUGCCACAGCAGUAACCCUGAGUUUAGGCAGUUGUAUCGCUACAAUAAACCAGUGGAAUUUGGAUACCAUGCUAAGACUGAAGAUCAGGAUUUGAUGACUUCUUCCUGGAAUAAACAGUUUGAUCGAACUUCCCGAUUUAAUGCUCAGGACUUAAGUAGAAGCCAGAAAUACAUCAAAAAGGAAAGCUCUUCAGAAAUCAGUCAGAAGGCACAAAGCAGGCAUUGUGUGGACAGCAAUAACUCAAGCAUCCAGAAUGGAAAGUACAUGCUGAAUCACAGCUUGGUUUCUUGCCAGAUAAAUAAUGGCAGUCUAAGUCCAGAAAGGCCUAUUGGUGAAACUUCUUUUUCAGUGCCCCUUCACCCCACCAAGAGACCUGCAUCAAACCCACCACCUAUCAGCAACCAGGCAACAAAAGGUAAACGUCCAAAAAAAGGAAUGGCAACAGCCAAACAGCGUCUUGGGAAGAUUCUUAAAUUGAACAGAAAUGGCCAUGCUCGUUUCUUCGUGUGACAGAGCUGCUAUUGCAGUCACUCUUCCCUUUGGAUGCCAGUCUUGGGGUGUGGAGCCUGGUGUGUCCACUACCCCCUGCCUGGAGCAGUUAGUGUGUACAGUAAGAAUACUGCCUGGAGAACAGAGAACCCGAUGCUGCAUUUCACUGUGCCACACCCACUCAGCAAUAACCCUUGGACCUGGCGGGGAGAGGAAGGAGGAGGGUAGAACCUUAAAAAGAGGCCUUGAACUGGAAAGGGGUCUCUUGUCAGGGCUUGAAUUUAAUUUUGUUGUUGAUAGUGUCUUGAUUUUAUUUUUCAGUAGUAGGAUAAAGAAUUAUCAAUAAUUUAUUUAACAGAUUUUUUUUUAAAGUUAACAGCUUUUAAAUUCUUUUUUUAAAGCUAUUUAUUUGGAAGAUUUCUGGAGAAAUAUCUCACUAAUUUAGAUUUAAGAAUGUGAAGGUUUUUAAAUUAUUUUUGAUAGUGUGUGUGUUACAUGUGGGGAAAAGCCACAGUAACAGUAGCUAGUCUGGACUCUUAAAUUUGAUAUUCAGGUUAAAGUCUUAAACAGGGAUUUGAUGCAUUAAUUAUUUUAAAUUAAGAUGUAUAUGAAAUCAUUUUAUUUUAUAUAUUUCAUGUGUUUUUUAUAAGCUAUUAGCUUCGCUUUUGCUAACAUCCAAGGUGCAUACUAUAAUCCAGGUUGAUUCCCUUACACCCCACCUUCCCUCUGCAGCCCAAUCCCCAGUGUUUUGAGACAACCCAAGACUCUUCUCUUUGCAGGGAAACACCUUCAUAGCCAAUGUUUAAGAACCACAUAAAAGAGUCCUCAUUUCUCAUUUCUUUAGACAUGGUUUUCUUCUACAAGUAAUGAAUCAGGCUUAUUUCAUUUUCAUUUUUCCUGAUGAUAUCUGGGUCCCAAAGAGAACAGCUUUAAUAUCUUUUUCCUGCUUAUGGGGAAAGUAUAAGUUUGGUUAAAAUGUCAUGUUUGUCGUUUUUCCGAAAACCUUUAUAAUUACAGAGGGCCUUCUUCAAUACUGCUGGUGUUGGAAGAGCCGACAUCUAUCACAGACUAUAUCUUACCAUGCUUUUAUUAUCUAGACAUCAUUUUUUUAGAAAUACAAUUUGACUAAGGAUGUUCAAAUCUGCAUAAAAGCCGUGAUAUAUACCAUAUUAAGUUGUAUAAUAGCAAGCAUGUUUGAGUAGAGCUUUGUGUGUGUGUGUGUGUGUGUGUGUCUGUCUGUGUGUGUGUGUGUGUUUCUGUGUGCACGUGCACGCUUUUUUAUUAAUUUACUGAAGAAUUAUUUCAAUACAGACUUGGAGUAAAAUGGGUGCUUUUUGCAGUUUCUUCCAUCUGUCUUGACUAGUAGGAUAUGGAGGUUAAGUGUCUGGUUGAACUUUAAAUAAGAUAGUAAUUUAUCUCCUUUAUGUACAAUUUUUACUUAAAUGCAAUUUUCAGUGGCUUAUAAUAGUUUUUAGUCUCUCCAUUUUCCCCUCAUGGUAUAAAAAAUAAAUUAACAUUAGAGGUCUGAUGAUACCACAUUUUACAAAUUCCUACAAAGACAAUAUAGGCAAACAACAUGAAAUUUAUUUUUAUGGAGAACUAUGGCUAUAUAAUGGAUUUUUGUCCUUUUCAGCUCAGCUAGGUAGCUAGCCCUUUUCUUCUGUAGGAAGCAUUGAGUUGAAAGAAAAGAAUUAUGCACCAUUAUCUUCAUAGUUGAUUCAAUAUGUAUUUCCAAAGGGAAAGAUCUCUAGUUCUGUCUCCUUUACAAUACUUAGUGGGACAAGGAAGUUACAAACUCACCUCCUGGUCCAGAUUGUCUGGACCAAAGUUCAAUCAUAUUUUGGCUGUCAGGGAGAAGAUUUUUAUGGAAUUCUUAGUAUCUGUAGACAGCAUCCCUAACCCCUGCCUACUCUAUGCCAUAACUAGUGAGAGAGGGAUGCAGUCAGCUGGUUGUUAAUUUCAACAUGCAAGAAUCUGAAUCUGACUGAUCGCUCACCUUUCCACAAUGUAUCACUGUGAUGUCUUCGUUUUGUUUUAUUGUUAGAACACACAUUUUUAUUUGGGUUAAGAAAUAAGAGUGGUGACUUCUUUUCCCAGUUAUGAUCUGGAUUUGUUUUAAACAACUCAAAAUAUUUUUUUAAUUAUUUCAUUUUUUUGGCCAUAAAAAUUAAAAUUUAUGCUUAUGAAUUAAAAUUGUGGCCAGUAUCUUCCCUGUGCCCAUAGGCUGAUAAACACUAAUUUUGGGUUGCUACAUAUGUAGUGUUUUAAAUGAUAGUUCUGUGGAUUCAUUAUUUUAUCAUUUUAACCUAUUAAUGGGCUAAAUUAUAAAACUUUUAGCCAGUUAAUAUAGCUACUAUUAAAGAACCCAUGUAUCUUUCUGAAUUGAUAAAAAUUUAGCUACACAGCCAAUGAGUUUUUCUAAUCAAACUUCUUAUAAAGUUCUCCAUCUGUGGUAUGUCCUUUUAUCUCAUAGAAAUGGCUAGACUUUGAGGUGUGACUACUGCUAGGAUCUGGGCUCAACAGUAAUAGGUAAUCUCUGUUGUUCCCAUAGUCUCACAAGUAGUAUACUGCAGCUUAACUCAGAAGACAAUGGUGAUAGCAUUUAGUUAGCUAUAAGCAAGUAAAAUGUGUAAAAUUGAGAAUUAAUAAUUUAGUGUAUGCAGCUUUAAUAGUAGUAGUGAUCCUAUCUUUAUUCAACUAAGUGACCCUUAACCUGGGAUCUACUGUACUGUAAUUCACAACAUUAUAUAAUAUUAUGCUCCCCAGUAUUGGUGAAUGAUUAACAAUACAAAAUUGGCAGCUUAGUAGUUCAGAAUCUUUGGAAUACAUUGAAAUAAAUUGAAAUUCAUAAACAUAGUUCAUUUUUUAAGCACACGAUCAAACCAUCUACUGAAAUCAUACACUCAGAGGAGACAGUUCCAUCUAUGACUAAAUACUUAGCUUGAAUACUAUUCUCUAUUUUACUAAUCCUAAUUCCUUUUCUAUGUAUUUUACUGUAUUUAUUCGUAUGAGAUCAACAGGUAUCAUCAGACACCUACUGAGUGCUCAGAAGGAGUGAGUACUGUGAGGAAGCUCAGGUUCAGUUUUGUCUGCCCAUGAAGUGUCUUCUCCAGGAGGUUAGCAGUGUUGUUUUGACUUCUAAACAAAGUUGAACAGAAGGUGUUUGUAAACAGAACAAACAAAACAAAAUCCAACUUCAUUAGUUUCAGUGAGAUGUACCACUGUAGAAGUGGAAGUGUUUAAAAAUAAAAUACCCAUGUACUUUAACAUUUAAGAAAAAUUCUGUAAGCUAGUUGUUUCUGUUGGUAAUAUAAGGAUAUGGUAUUAGCUUGAAAGGAAGCAAAAGGCCUGCAUGUUAGCCCUGUUCUGCCAUUCAUCAGCUGAGAUGCUGAGUAGUCGGUAAAUUAUCCUGAGUCUUAUUUUUAAGUUCUAGUUUUCUUGUUUGUGAGUUGGAUAAAAACUACUCAGUGAAGAACAACAUUCUUCAGGUAUUAUGUCAUGUUAUACUUGUUAAUUAUUAAGUUACAACUGAUGACGAGUGCACCUUCUGAGAAUAUUUUAAGUGAAAACUUUUAUUAGAGAAAAAGUCUAAGUGAAAAUAUACACCCAGGGCGGACUACCUAAAAACCUGACAAAUUCCUAACAAGGUGCUGAAGUGAAAGAAAAAAAUGAGCUUGUCUGUGGACAGAAGAGUGAGAACAUCUGUUAUCAAGUCAUUGGUGGUUAUUUAGCACAACAGAGGAGCAAGCUUUGGGUUUUUCUCAAAGAGGAAUUAGUAUAGUACUCAUCUUCAUAUUUGGCAUACUCUUCAGGUACUAAAGAUAAAAGGGGUGGUAAAUUUAAAAUGAUUUAGCAGCUACCCAUGGGACUAGGGGGAAAAAUAAGGUGACUAGGAAAAAGCUUUUUAUAAGCAGUUGUGAGUUAGGUAUAACAGCCCAAGGAGAGAGGGAAGUCAAAAGUAGUAUAGAAAGGAGAAUCAACUGGAUGUGUUCAAAAAUGAGUGUCAGCUUGCUUCAGAAGAUGUUCUGCAGUGUGAGACAGUCCCUGAGAAUUGGUGGGAACCACGGUAUGGCCUAGUAUACUGCUGCUAGAGAGAUAUCAUAACAAAUGUGCAUUUCUAGUAUUCAUAUGGAGAGACAUGAAACUUCAUAAUACAAAUCUAAAUAUCUCUCACAAUUCAUCUCUCCCAUUAAAUAUUAAACUAACUGCUCAAUAUGUGAAAGAGAAGAUCUUGCCUUUCAUAUGUGCAAGACUCUGGGGCCUGAUCCCUAGCACCAGGUAGUGAUCGAGAGGAGCUAAGGCUUUUAGACUGUUACGGGUAUCCUAGACUUUUCAUCUAAUGCAAUCUCAAAAACAAACAAACAAACAAACAAAAAAACCAAUUAUGCAUUAUAACUUUUGUCCAGGGAGAGCUAGCUAGUCAGUAAGGGUGACCAGUGUAACCCAGAUGGGACAGAGAUUUGCCUAGAGACACUCAGUGGCUUUGGGAUCUCUAGUACCUUGUUUUCUUACACGGAUCCCAUUCUUUGACACAGCAGCCUCUGCUUGUCUUGUAGGUACUGUCCAUGUAUGUUUUUGAAGCUGGACAAACAAAAUUCGUAUAAUCCCUCGACUGCUGUUGCGCAUAGUCACCCUCGUACCGUAGCCUUACUACUAACCGUUCCUUAUUUUGCUUUCAUGCUGUAAGUGAAAAAAAAUUUGAUACCCUUUCUAUAAACAUUUUUAAAAGGUUUUUAAGAAGCAAAUAUCUAUUUCCAAAGCAGCUGGCAUAUCAUCACGACCACGGCUUUAUUGUGCUAUAGUAAGUCUCUCUGCUUUACUGGGGAGAAGCAAAUCAUUCUCACUGGAGAAACCAGUUCCCCCGUCACCUCUGGUGUCCUUCUAGUUUUUUAAGGCUUUGUCUUAACUGUGACAUUACACUUACGUUUAAAACCUCUUAAAGGAUGUAUUCGAUGAUUCUUCCAACCAAUGCAUCUGCUCUGCACUAUUCAUUGAUGGAACCCUGGCUACCACGUAGCCCUUGACCUCCAAGUAGUUUACCUAUGCAAGACCUGUGACACUCUGGAUUCAUUUUUCUUCAUUACAGAAAGCGAUCAUAAAUGACUUAAGCAUAAGAGAUUUGUCUUUGAGGUUUUUUUUUUCUAUUUUUUUUAAACAUCAGCUAUUUUCCCUCUGUAAUUUUUACCAAAACAAUUAUCGUAAGUGCUAGAAUAUAUACUAUUUUGCAGGAAUAAAAUAACCAAGACAUAAUAUAUUUCUUUGGAUUUUGUUUUGUAAGAAAUGCCAGCACUAACUAUAUAGAGUUGAUUCUUUGCCUAGAAUAAUUUUUUCCCUUUUAAGAGUCAUAAGUAACAUUUUAUUUUCACAAAGCAUGCAUAUAACUUACAUGAUAUAGUCAGGGACCUGAGGUGUAACUUGCUAAGUGAACCCCAAGGUUAUUUUAUCUUGCAAAAGAAACCUAAACCAAACUAAGGGCCUUACAGUUUAUGGUUAGACUGAAUCAAAUGCUGUAACCUCAGUUUUUCCAAAAACAGCUCCUGACUGCACAAGCAGGUCCUGCAGUUGUUGAGUAUGAAAUAGCACUGAUAGGAAAUGCAUGUGCAUCUUUGCAGACUGUAUUUCCUCUGGAAAAGACUUUUCUACUUUUAAUAUAAUUAAGCCAUAACAGUUUCAUGCUGUGGAAAGGAUGAAAAGGUUCAUUUUAAGAGAUUAUAUAGUAUGAACUUUCACAUUUAUUGUGAAACAUCUAACUUUGCCAGUGUUCAGCAAGUUUUUUCUUUUGGGGUGUUGGAGGGUGGUAAUGGGGAGGGGUAGUGUUGGUUUUAGGGGUUUUAACUCUGUGAAAUUUGAAAACAGGACAGUUGUUGGCUAUGGUACUUACUAGUUUUGUAGUAAUGUUUUGCUAGCCUGACUUUCCUUCUGGUUUUUAUGUCCAUGUUUCCCAGUGACUGUUAACUCUUCUUGUUUGGGGUGUGUGCAGAAUAGUGUCUCAUCUGUGUGUAGGCAGUCAGUGUAUGCACAUGUGUCCUUUGACUACAGAAGCACACUGUGUGACAAUGGAAUGGGGUGUGGCUGGGAGUGGGAUGCUGAAGCUUUAAGAGCAUUUGUUUUUAUUCAGAACAGUAUUUCCCAUCUUUUGCCUGCAGGCAGGGAAAGUGUACAGUAUUUAUUUUGUUUCUGUUUUACUCUGAAUUUGUAAGUCUCUAAGUAGCUUAUAUUAUUAUUAUAGGGAAAAUAAGUGACUUGCUUAAAGUUGUAUUUAGUAUUCUUACUUCCUAAUUUCUGUAUUUUAAAAUAUUGAAAUUAAAACUGUAUUACUUUUGUUCUGAUUUUUUUUAGCACUCAGUGUAUUUUUUGCCCAUUUUGUCUAAAAGUAUAAAUGUUGAAAGUUGUAUAAAAUGUCUCUGAAAGAAAAAAAUCUGAAUUCUAUAUACGA